GACAGUAGACUAUAAAGCCGCUAGGCAAACAGUCCCGCCUUCAGUUACAAAGCAGCGCUCGAAAGCGAAACACACGAAGAAAUAUUCUCGCCUUUUUUAUUGUGAUUAAUUUGAUCAAAGUUUAUUAAAUGGUCUGGACGGUUGGUGAUUGGUGCAUUUGCGUCCCUGAGUCUAUCGAACUCUUAUCUCAGUCGGUCCAAAAGUUUUGUGGAUGUGGUCCACACUCGUAUACUGCUAAGCAUUUCCUGCACGCUCCCGGACAUCGUCAGUCACCGAUUAACAUUCGACCUGAUGAAGUUAAGCUUGAUCCGCGUUUGAACAUCAAACGUCUCACUUGGAAUUAUCCAAAGGAAACGAUUGAAUUGCUGAAUACCGGAUAUUGUUGGAAAGCACACGUUCCUACUGAAGGAGCCACUUUGUCUGGAGGUCCAUUGUCCCACGACUACAGGCUUGCUCAAUAUCAUUGUCACUGGGGAGAGAACGACCAUAUCGGAUCCGAGCAUGUUGUCAAUGGGCAAUCGUAUGGAGCUGAAAUACAUUUCGUCAACUGGAACACCAAGUACGGAAGCUUCAACGAAGCACUCAAGUACGGAGACGGGUUGGCAGUAUUGGGCGUUUUUCUUAAAGUAGGCAAGGAAAAUCCUGAACUGAACAAGCUUUGUGAGCUGACAAAUGAUAUCAAGCACAAAGAUGAGUGCACCCCAUUUAGACACACUUUGGAUCCGAACAAGCUACUCCCACAAAAGGGUGCAUACUACACUUAUCUGGGUUCGUUGACUACCCCUCCCUGCAAUGAGUGUGUUAUCUGGAUUGUGUUCGUGGAACCUAUUGAAGUUUCUCAUGAACAGUUGGAGUCUUUCCGAGAGAUGAUGUCUAUGAAGAAGGGAGGUUGCAGCCAACCAAGUCGUGAGCACAAGAUUUUGAACAAUUUCCGUCCGCCGUUGUCUGUUGAGGAGAGGGUGGUCAGUCUUGGGUAUUUGUGAACUGCGGGAGUUCAACUGGCCAAAUUGUCAUCACUAUUUUUAGUUAUUUUAAAAUCGGAAAGAAAAAUAUGGGAUCUUUUUAGGAUUCGCGGUUCAUAUUAUAUACAGACUUUUCUUUCUGGUCGUGGCCAGGAACCAUUUAUUAUAAACGUAGAACUAUUUUUUAAGCGUCACAUUUAUGCAGAUAUCUUUAUACUGUGCAUCCCAUGUAUCCCCAGCAAAAUAAUGCCGGAGAAGAAUCAUCUUCAGGUGUUGACUAUGCCAACAUUCUAUUAUAAGGCUUUGUUUAUCGUAAUGAAUUUUUGGAUCAUCAAUUACUAUGCAAUUGGUUACCAGGGAUUUGUAGCGGGGAUUUACUACUUCAAUCUUUUCAAUAAACAUUUCAAAAUUA